AUGGCUGAAAGCGUGAAAGUAGCGGUGCGGGUUCGCCCUUUCAAUACAAGAGAGCAAAGCAGAAAUGCCAAGCUUAUCAUUGGUAUGUCUGGCAAGACAACAGAGAUCAAGGACCCUGAGAACAUGUCCGCUGAACCACGACGUUUUGCCUUUGAUUACUCCUACUGGUCACAUGAUGAAUUCAAAGAGAACAGUGAAGGCUAUUUAGAACCCACUGGGUCCAAAUAUGCUGAUCAGAAAAUUGUGUUUGAUGAUCUUGGUAAAGGAGUAUUGGACAAUGCAUGGAAGGGAUACAACUGUUCGCUGUUCGCAUAUGGCCAAACAGGAAGUGGUAAAUCCUAUUCUAUGGUCGGUUAUGGUAGUAACAAGGGAAUAGUUCCAAUCUUCUGUAAUGAGCUUUUCCAGGCUGUGGAGUUAAAACGACAGAAUGCAGGAGCUGACGAGGAAUACCAGGUCACUCUGGGCAUGUUGGAGAUCUACAAUGAACAAGUACGUGAUUUGUUGAAUCCCAAAACAAUCAGCCAGAAAGGGGGUCUGAAGGUACGACAGGACCCAAAGAAGGGAUUCUAUGUGGAACAGCUGACAUCAUGUCCAGUGAACAGUUACAAUGAGAUCGACAACAAGAUCAAUGAAGGCACAAGGAACAGAACUGUGGCUUCUACCAAUAUGAAUGCCACCAGCAGUCGAGCCCAUACCAUUGUGGCCAUCACAUUUACUCAGAAGACACCAAACGAGACUGGACAAAGCAUGACAAGGACUGCCAUUGUCAACCUUGUAGAUCUGGCAGGGAGUGAGAGAGCUGACUCGACAGGUGCUACAGGGGACAGAUUAAAAGAAGGUUCAGCUAUUAACCAGUCUCUGAGUUCCCUUGGUAACGUCAUUAAGGCUCUGGCGGACCUGUCUACAGGCAAAAAGAAAACUGUAGUGCCUUACCGUGAUUCAGUAUUGACAAAGCUGUUACAGAAUGCGUUAGGAGGCAACAGUAAAACUAUCAUGAUAGCAGCGUUAAGUCCCGCUGAUAUUAACUAUGAGGAGACACUGUCCACAUUACGAUUUGCUGACAGGGCAAAGGCCAUUAAAACCACUGCCACUGUAAAUGAAAGUCCAACAGAUCGACUUAUCAGAGAACUCCGGGAAGAAAAUGCACGUCUUAUGGAUAUGCUUAAACAAGGCGGUCUUUCUCCUGAAAUGGCAGCAGCCCUAAUUGGAGGAGUAGGAGGUGGUGGCUCAGCAAACUCAGAGGUAGAAGAGAUGAAGAAACAGUUGGAGGAGCAGGUGAGACAGAAUCAAGAGGAAAUGGAGAAUAUGAAGAAGACAUGGGAACAGAGAAUGCAGGAGAGUAAAACCAGUAGUUCGGGCAAUAUGGAGGACGACAACAAAAGACAGGCUGACAGAAAAGUGAUUCCACACUUUUGGAAUCUAAAUGAGGAUCCAGCCCUCACAGCUAUGGUGGUUCAUUUUGUCAAUGAAGGAACAUCGAAGUUGGGAAACAAGAAGGCAAGCCCUCCAGCAGAUAUUACACUGUCCGGAUUAAGUAUACUACCUGCCCAUGCUGUUGUCACAAAUAAAAACAACACCAUAUCUAUCAAGCCAAUGGAGAAAGCUAAGAUUCUGGUGAAUGGUCAGAGGAUAAUCAAAGAUACACAGCUCCACCAUAAUGACAGACUUCUUUUUGGUGCCAACAAUAUGUAUGUGUUACACCAUCCUCAAGAUGAAGCUAAAAACAUGAAAGAGGGCAAAAAAACUGAAACACCUACAUUCGAUUCUGCUCAAGAGGAGAUUGCUCAGAAAUCUGGUCUUAUGAAUGCAGAAGGCAAAUCUGCAGAGGAUAUGAUCCUCCAGGAGGAGGUUGUCCAGAUGUUACAGUUAGUGAAUGAAGCUAAUGCUAUGUCAGAGGAGCUGGAGAAAAAGGUCAAAUUUGAGGUUGCCCUAAUCUCACCUCAGAUACAUGGCAAGAAGAAUGGACGUACCAUGGUAAUGGUGAAGAUGGUCAGCCAGGUUAACAAUAAUUAUUGGAUGUGGGACAAAAGCAAGGCUAUCAAUCGCAAGUCUCUCAUGCAGGAGAUUUAUCAGGAUUUUGUAUCUGGUGACGAUAACUGGGACGUCCCUAAGGAACGUGAUCCAUUUUGGGAGCCUGCUGACCAGGAAAUCUUAAUUGGAACUGCUCACCUCCACCUAAUGUCGCUGGCCCAUUUACUGGACAUUGAGGAGACGCUGGCCAUCACAGACUACAAGGGCUCAGAAAUGGGUCAUUUGUCUGUGUUUGUAAAGCCUUGUACUAAGGAUUACAAGGAUCUUGGUGAAGAUGACUUCGUUGAUGAACCAAAUGAGCAGAUUGGUAAAGAUAUCUACUUCAUUCUCAAAAUUGAAAACUGCAGAGGACUACCACAAAACAUUGCAAAGAGUUGCUGUAAGUACAAAUACUAUAAUGAGGACAAGUAUACUGAGACAAAUGAGGUUGAAAGCAUGAAUCCAGAUUUCAACUACGAAAAGAAGUACAAACAUUCACCAGUUACCAAACAAUACGUCGACUACUUGAUUGAAAGUGCCAUUGUGAUUGAGGUUUGGGGUCGACAGAAAGAUGAUUCCCAUGGAGGUACCACAAAAGGUGCUGCUCCUAAACCUGCUGAUAAUACUGCACAGAAAAAAAUAGAUAAUAAGACCUCAGCAAACAACAACAAAACUAAGCCAGCACCACCCCAAGUUGCAGCCCCUGUUGCUAAACAAGACACUAAGAUGGUUAUGGAAUUGGACUCAUACAAAAAACGUACGACUGAAGCGGAAGGAAAAUUGGGAAGCAUUCAAAAUCAGCUUGCUGCAAAACGACAGAAUGGGCAGACAACUAUAACGAUUGAAGAGCUCGAAGCCAUACUGGGUGGAAGUAUGACCAGUAGUGGAAAUGUGAAUGGUAUGAAAGAGACCAAGAACAGGAAUGAGAACCUGGGAGAAAACACCUCUAAAGCAUGUGUAAUUCAGUAGGAUCGUAAAAACUUCGAUAAUCCAGUCACGAAUGACAUUGAGGGCUAGGGUGUUAGUGAUAACUUAUAUUAUCGUGGGUAAAUUGUAUUGUACUGUAAAAAGU